CGUCGCCGGCCUCGGCCCCUUUGUUCUCGCGCGCUCCCCCUCGCCGCCCACUCCCCUGCUGUCGCGAGGCGGCGGCGGCGGCUCCUCCCGCCCGAGGCAGUCGGGCUCGGCGCCGGGGGCGGGAGGGGGCGGGGGGAGCGCGCCAGCCGCCCGGAGUGGGGGGCGAUGGCGAAGCUCCGGGUGGCUUACGAGUACACGGAAGCCGAGGACAAGAGCAUCCGGCUCGGCUUGUUUCUCAUCAUCUCCGGCGUCGUGUCGCUCUUUAUCUUCGGCUUCUGCUGGCUCAGUCCCGCGCUGCAGGAUCUGCAAGCCACGGCGGCCAACUGCACGGUGCUGUCGGUGCAGCAGAUCGGCGAGGUCUUCGAGUGCACCUUCACCUGUGGCGCCGACUGCAGGGGCACCUCGCAGUACCCCUGCGUCCAGGUCUACGUGAACAACUCGGAGUCCAACUCCAGAGCGCUGCUGCACAACGACGAGCACCAACUCCUGACCAACCCCAAGUGCUCCUAUAUUCCUCCCUGUAAGAGAGAAAAUCAGAAGAACUUGGAAAGCGUCAUGAAUUGGCAACAGUACUGGAAAGAUGAGAUUGGUUCCCAGCCAUUUACUUGCUAUUUUAAUCAAUUUCAAAGACCAGAUGAUGUGCUCCUGCAUCGCACGCAUGACGAGAUUGUCCUCCUGCAUUGCUUCCUCUGGCCCGUGGUGACAUUUGUGGUGGGUGUUCUCAUUGUGGUCCUGACCAUCUGCGCCAAGAGCCUGGCAGUGAAAGCAGAAGCCAUGAAGAAGCGCAAGUUCUCGUAGAGGGGAGAAGGUUCAUGGGAAGCAAAGCCCAGAAGCUGCACCCAUCGGCACACAUCUCCCUGCAGAGCCUGCUUCCUGGCGCAGGAGAUGGAAGGGGCUAUGCGAGGUCUCUGAGAGGCUCUAGCCUCGAUGGCAGCGGAAACAGGCACAGCUGGAAGACUCGGGACCGCAUAGAUUGUAUGCCAUGUGUCGUAGCGAUGGCUAAGGGGUCAAGCUCUUAACCUAAUGGAGUAGCCAUUUCAGAAAACUCUAUAAGAAGUUAAUUUUCUUUGGAAAGUAACAGUAUAUAAUUGUACAGUGUAGUAUACAAACCAUUAUGAUUUAUGCUGCCUAAAAAUAUUAAAAUAGAGUGGUCUGUG